UUCGGUCGGGUUUGGAACUGGCUUCAAACAAACAGAUCGAAGAAGAGAGAGAGAGAGAGAUGAGAUCAGAUUUGAACAGAAAUCGUUCACUGAUUAUAUACGAACCAGAAAUUGUUCACUGAUUACAUAAUACAGCUUGUCAAUGGUUUCUUUUGAUUCCUUGAAAACAAGAUCACGAACCAAAGAUUUUCCAUGACUUCCUUGACAGAUAAUGCUUUCAACUCUGAAACCUUAGCAUUCCUACAGAGGAGGGAGAGUGAGAGAUGAACGGGAGAGUUCAAGAUCAAUCGAGAGAAAGAGAGAGGAGAGAUGUACCACGGUGGCCGGUGGGUCGAUCGGCAGAAGGAGGAGUGGCGGUGGACUGGUGGUGGUGGCCGGUGGGAAUUUGGGGGCUGUGGGAGAGAGAGAAAACGAGGAGUGGAAGGGAAGAGACAGGAGGAGUAACAGAGUAAUACUGUAAUAGAUCUAGGGCUUUUUUUUCUUUUUAUACACGAUUUCUCGGUCGGGUCGGGUCACCCGAGGAAUUAUAUGGUGCACCCGACACCCGACCGACAUGUCACGAAAUCUGACUAAACAGGCCCGACCCCGACCCGACAGAGUAAUCAAAUCCGUCAGUUGCAUGUAUUUUCGGAUUGGGUCGAGUCGGGUGGUCGGGUGGGUCGAUUUGGUGGACAGCCCUAAUUAUAACCUAAUGAACAUAAUUUUUGACAAAUUAAUGUUCUCGUCAAACUCUAUAAAAUAAACUGAGGCUAUCAUCAAAAUAUACUCGAAAUAUAGCCAAAAACUUAAAAACGGACAAGACCAUCACCCCUCCUAUACCUGCGAUAUAAAAAAGUUUCUCCACUUCCCCACCUCCGCGAAUCUCCCUUCCCCCCCAACCCAAACCUCCACGAUAAAUACACACACCUCAGUGACCUCAGUUCACACGCCUCUUCCUCUUGCUAGACCGCUGAAUAUUGGUACGGCCAGGAUCCUCUCCUGUCCUCUCCGGGAGAGGAUCCCUGUUCCGUAUUGCUUUUCUCUUCUGUCCCGAUUAGUCCUUAGCUUUCUACUCCGUUACCGAUUCGCCAACGGUACACCGAUCGAGGCCGGGAUCCGUGUCAACCGGAUCGGAAGAAGCCCGAAGAAAUCAAACAGGGAGACCAAAUGUACACACUUUACACCAAUGAUCAUGAGGGAUGCAGAACAAGUAGGAACAAAGGAACAUUGUCCGAGACAAUUAUGGAGUAUGGGCCAUCAUUCACAACACAAACUGCUGUAGUAUAGCUUUGGAAUGGGCCGAUUUCGUGAGUUCCUUCUAUGUUCCAACAAUUUGAAGAACUUGGGAGCUUUCAUGAACAUCUGAGGGAGCAGGAUCAUCUUUUUGGGCAAAUAAGAUCCUAUAUUCUCUUGCCUUUAUCGAAGCUGAAAGUUUACAUAGCCAAUUGUUGUCACCAAAGUAUUAGUGUUACUUUAAACAAUACUUACACACAGUCCAUUGUUGGCCGCCUAGUCUGCAUGAGAAAGGCAACUUCAUCAAGGUCUGUACGUCUGCUCUUCAACUUAACCAAAAUCCGUUCUAUAUCUCCACCAAUGCUUCUCACAGUCCCCCUUCAACGUUGUCAUUCUCAACAUACAAUUGCUGCUCAGCACUUCCAUGGAGAAUUCCAUCACCAAUGUAUUCUUCUUCAACUACUCCAAGAAUUCCCACGAAUCAAAUCACUCGACGCCCCCAAGUCUCUCCACGCACUCGCCAUUACGACCGGCUGGAAUUGCCCACAACCCAUCUUCCUUAACAACAAUAUCAUCUCGGCCUACGCGUCGUUUGGUGAGCUAUUUCUUGCUCGCAAGGUAUUUGAUGAAAUGCCUCGACGAAACACUGUCUCAUACAAUACCAUGAUUGGUUGUUAUAGCCGUUGUGGGGAUGCGGAGGAAGCUUGGAAAUUGUUUUUUGAGAUGAGGUUGUGUGGGUAUGAGCCCACCCAAUUCACGUUUGGGGGUCUUUUGUCGUGCCAGUCUUUGGAUCUCUAUAGAGGGUUUUACUUGCAGGCAUUGGUUCUGAAGAGUGGGUUGCUUUACCCUGAUGCUUUUGCAGGGACUGCAUUGUUAGGUCUGUUCGGGAAGCACGGGUGCUUAGAUGAAUGUCUUAAAGCUUUUGAAGACAUGCCUCGGAAGAAUUUGGUUACGUGGAACACGAUGAUAUCUUUGUUUGGCCAUCACGGGUUUGCUGAAGAGUCAAUAGUUAUGUUCCGCAAGAUCAUGAAGAUGGAAUGGGCGUUGACAGAAUAUUCUUAUGUUGGUGUGUUAUCAGGAUUUUUGUGGGAGCGGGACCUAGAAUUAGGAGAGCAAGUACAUGGUUUAUUGGUGAAAAAUGGGUUGGUUUGCAAUGUUUUGGUUCUAAAUGCUCUGCUCAAUAUGUAUGUAAAGUGCUCUGGGCCAUGCAUAGCUGAGAAAGUAUUUGGGGAGGCUUCUAUCCGGGAUGUUGUGUCUUGGAAUACAAUAAUUGGUGCACUGACAAAAAGUGAGAGUCCAGGCAAAGCACUAGAGGUCUACUUGAAAAUGUGUCUUGAUGGAGUCUGGCCUAACAGGACGACAUUUGUUAGUGUUAUUAGCUCCUGUACCAGAUCAGAGAAUCUGAUGUAUGGAAAACUGAUCCAUGGUAUGGCAAUUAAACACAUGUUAGAUCGUGAUAUAUUUGUAGGUAGUGCAUUGGUUGAUUUAUAUGCUAAGACUGAUUGGUUGGGGGAUGCACAGCGUUGUUUCGAUGAUAUAGAUGAGAAGAAUGUGGUUUCUUGGAACGCUUUGAUUUGGGGGUACUCGCAGAAAUGCUGUUUCUCCCCUGUUCAACUACUAUGUGAAAUGAUUCAAUUCGGUUGUCAGCCAAAUGAGUUAUCAUUUUCUACUCUACUCAAGUCAUCCAACACUGUAGAGUUGCAGCAGCUUCAUUCUUUGAUAAUAAAAAUGGGUUACCACGGGAAUGAGUAUGUAUCAUGCUCUCUCAUUACCUCAUAUGCCAAAAGUGGUCUGAUAUCCGAUGCCUUGAUUUUACUUCCUGCUGAUGACACACAACUUCCUGUUGUCCCAUCUAAUGUGAUUGCUGGAAUUUACAAUAGGACGGGGCAAUAUCAUAAGACACAAGAAUUGUAUUCUCUACUUGAGGAACCAGACAUUGUCUCUUGGAACAUCUUGAUUGCAGCUUGCUCCCGCAAUGGCGAUUACAAGGAGGCUUUUGAACUUCUUGGACACAUGCGGGUGGCUCAGAUUCAUCCUGACAAGUAUACUUAUGUUAGCCUUUUGAGUGUUUGCACUAACCUUUGCAAUCUAGCUUUGGGUAGUUCGCUCCAUGGCCUCAUCAUAAAAACGGAUUCCAAACGUUGCGACACAUUUGUUUCCAACAUAAUUAUAGACAUGUAUGGAAAAUGUGGGAGCCUCGAGAGUUGUUUGAAAAUAUUCGACGAAAUGGCAGAUAGAAAUCUUAUCUCAUGGACUGUUGUAAUUGCAACACUAGGGCUUCAUGGUCAAUCAUACAAGGCAUUACAAAUGUUCAGAGAAAUGGAAGCAGUUGGUUUUACGCCAGAUAGAAUUGCUUUUCUUGCUGUGCUUUCAGCAUGCAGACAUGGUGGGUUGGUGAAAGAAGGAAAGCAACUUUUUGGGGAGAUGAAUAUGACUUAUAGGAUUGAACCAGACUUCGAUCACUAUCACCUUAUGGUGGACUUAUUGACUAGAUAUGGAGAUCUGAAGGAAGCAGAGCGAUUGCCUUUCCCUCCAAAUGCCUUGAUAUGGCGUAGAUUUCUUGAAGCCUGUAACAGACAGCGUAAUGCAGAGAAUCUAGAAGUGGAUAAUGUAAACUUGGAAUCGAGCGGAGAAUUACUUUCAAUUAAGACAUGACAUCUCCGGGAUGUCUUUUCUUUGAGCUGAAUCAACCUCUCAGUCGGCUGUGCGGUAGUCAGCUGCCUUCAUGGUGUGCUAGUCCAGCAUCUCCAAGAAUGGGUUACCCUACUGCAGCAAAGACACUAGUUGUGCUCUGGACACUUUCCAUCAGUUAGCAAGCACGUCUUCUCAAGCAUAACAUUGUGGAAAGUCUUCAUUCUUCCAAAUAUUAGGGUUCAUAUCUCCCAACAGUGGAGACAAAGUCUAUAUCGCAUGGAAGGGUAUUUCAAGACAGAACGACUCCUUCGGAACCAGAUCCUAAGCAGUGAGCACCAUAAUUGUCUUAAUCCACGAUUAGUAACCAAGAUUUUGGUUUAAUGGGCGUAAUUGGGGGAUUAUAUGUUUCGUCAAACAAUAUUGUGUCUAAAGCAAGAGACUGCAUAAAUAAAGCUCCACAGCUGAUUCUGAUUUUGUUUCAUGAAUUUGGUAGAUGAGAUAGAAUUUUCUGCCUCCCUUUUUUUUUUCUGUUAUCUUUAUUGUGGUAUGAACUCAUUGCGCUCAUGUUGGCUGUUCUUAUGGUCCCCAUUUGAAAGGAAAUUGCAAAUUCUUGAUGAGAACAAAAA